AGUAUUGCGAUCAAUAAUUACUUUCCCCUCUCUCUCUGUCUGCCACCAACAGCCGAGGACGACGACCGUAUCCACCACAAACCGCUUCCGGCUGAGACGACGGCGAUCUACUCCGGCUGGUUCUGCUACUUGAUUCUGCUCUGAAUUUUAUUAGAUUUUAUCAAGCAGACAAUCUCGGAUAGCAGGAAGAACGGGAUUAUCGUUUGAUUAGCUCAUCGCUUGCUUCUUUUCGUGAGAUUUAGUUUUGGUUUCUGGAGAAAUUUCCGAUCGCCUUCGGUUUCCGGCGAUUGGAUUGAGUAGGAUACGGAGGAGUCUCUAUUUUGGCGUGGUUUUCUCGCGAUUAGGUUUGCUGGCGUGGGAAAGUUAAGCAUUGUAAAGCCAAAAUUUCGUCGAUUAGACAUCGAGCUUUUGAGCUUUUGGUGGUUAUAGAUAGGCUAUUAGGUUUUUGAGUUAAGGUUUUACGUAUUAUCCUAGGGUUUAGUUAUUGGGGAGAGAGAGGCUCCGUUAAUCUGGUUUGUUGAAGAGUCUCCUGGAUCUGUUGUCUCGACGGAUGAUUUGCUUCUGUGAGCUAGGGCUUUCUAUGCUUGGCUGAUCAGGAUGCCGAUGGGACGGUUUCUAUCUCUGGUCCGAGGAGACUCGGCUGAGUCACCUCGUGAGAUUACCUCACAGAGUAAUAUCAUCGGCGAUACUGGUUCUAAUGGUUGGCUUAUUAGGUUUUUUGAUUCUGCUUUCUUCUGUGAGUGGAUUGCUGUUAGUUAUCUGUACAAGCACCCUCAUGCUGGUGUUAGGGACUACUUAUGCAAUAGGAUGUAUACGCUUCCCUUGUCAGGUAUUGAGAGUUAUCUGUUCCAGAUUUGCUACAUGAUGGUGCACAAACCAAGCCCAUCUCUUGAUAAGUUUGUAAUAGACAUCUGUGGAAAGUCACUGAAAAUCGCACUGAAAGUGCAUUGGUUUUUGUUGGCUGAGCUGGAGGAUUCUGACGAUAAUGAAGGCAUCAGCAGGAUUCAAGAGAAGUGUCAAAUUGCAGCUACUUUGAUGGGGGAGUGGUCUCCUCUCAUGCGUCCACAGAACGAGGUCUCAACCCCAGGGAGCAAGAAUCAGGUCCUAAAUAGACUUUUGUCAUCAAAACAGAAGCUCUUCUCGUUAAAGUUAUCUCCUCCCACCCAGAAGUCUUUGUCAUUCUCACCUUCGCCAGGGACCAACGUGCAGGAUGAUGGUAGUCAGUUACCUGCUGAGGAUAAUAAGAUUUUUAAGAAACUUAUCCCAAGUCCUAAAGUCAGAGAUGCUUUAAUGUUUAGAAAGUCAGUUGACAAAGAUGAUGAAGAGAGUGAAAAGGAAGGAUUCUUCAAGAGGCUCUUGAGGGACAGCAAAGGUGAGGGUGAUGAACCAAUACCUAACUCAGAGGGUUUCUUUAAACGCCUUUUGAAGGACAAUAAAUCAGAAGAUGAGGACAUAACAAACAGUUCCGAGGGGUUCUUCAAGAGGCUCUUGAGUAGUAAAGGAGAAAGCGAGGAAUUGACAUCGAGUUCAGAUGGGCUGUUUAAAAGGUUAUUACGAGAUAAUAAGGGAGAUGAAGAGGAAUUGGGUGCAAAUCCAGACAGUUUCUUCAAGAGAUUGUUACGGGAGAGUAAAACCGAGGACGAGGAGUCAAACCCAAACUCAGAAGGUUUUUUUAAGAAACUAUUCCGUGACAGCAAACCUGAAGAAGAUAAAGUUUCUAAAGAAGUGGAUGAUGAGGACAAAGAUGGGUUCCUUAAGAAACUUUUCAGGGAAAAAAGUGAUGACAAAAGACAUGGUAGUGAAAAGAAUGAAACCAAUGGAACAGUGUCUGCCGACAAGAAAUCUGGUGAAGAGGAUGAAAGGGAGGGGUUUUUCAAAAAAUUCUUUAAGGAAAAAUCUGAUGACAAGAAAGACAUUGUCAAGGUCGAUGACGGGAAUGAAAGUGAGGGUGAAGAAUCUCCAGAAUUUUCUCUGUUCAAAAGAUUAUUCCGUAUACAUCCCGAAGAUGCAAAACCUACUUCAGAAAAUGAAAAUAGCGGCAAUGGCUUAGUUGAAAGCAGUCCUGGGACAGAAAACUUUUUCCGCAAGUUGUUCAGAGAUCGUGACCAAUCUGUUGAAGAUUCUGAACUGUUUGGAUCAAAGAAACAAAAGGAGAAACGGCCAGGCUCCCCUAAACAGCGGGAUGAUACUCCAUCUGGUAAGCCCCCGCUACCAAACAAUACUGCAUCACAAUUCAGGAAAGGGGCUUACCACGAGUCGUUGGAGUUUGUACAAGCGUUAUGUGAAACAUCGUAUGGUUUGGUAGAUAUCUUUCCUAUUGAAGAUCGGAAGAUUGCUCUUCGGGAGUCUCUUGCAGAGAUCAAUUUUCAUUUAUCGGAAGCUGAAAUCACUGGAGGAAUUUGUUUUCCGAUGGGGAGAGGAGUUUAUCGUGUGGUCCAUAUUCCUGAAGACGAAUGCAUUCUUUUGAAUUCUAGGGAAAAGGCGCCAUACAUGAUCUCCGUAGAAGUUUUGAAAGCGGAAACACCCAGUGCUAAAGAUACAUCGAACUCCCAGAAGCUUUCUAAAGGGGGAAUUCCAUUGGCAAACGGGGACGCAUUCUUGCAAAAGCCACCUCCAUGGGCUUAUCCACUAUGGACUACUCAGGAGGUUUAUCGCAACAGUGCUGACCGAAUGUCGUUAUCCACUGCUCAAGCAAUUGAUCAGGCAAUGACUCCUAAGUCAGAGGUGAAGGUGAAACUUGUCAAUGUAAGUCUCUCAGUGGAGAAUUGUACUUCAGCUCUUGAAUCAUUGUGCGAUCCACUUGAUGAUGUUCUGGGGGAGGCCCCAAGGACUGGGUUGAACACUGAUCUUGAAUGGGUAAGGGUGGUCGUAACGGCUGACCCAGGACUUAGAAUGGAAAGCAUUCCUGAUCCAUCAGCCCCGCGUAAAAAGGAACAUCGUCGUGUUCCAAGUACUGUUGCCAUGGAGGAAGUAAGGGCUGCCGCAGCGAAGGGAGAGGCACCUCCAGGCCUUCCUCUCAAAGGGGCUGGUCAGGAUUCGUCGGAUGCACAACCAAGGGCCAACGGUGGAAUGCUUAAGGAAGGUGAUGCCUUAUCAGGUGAACUUUGGGAGGGAAAGCGAGACAGAAUACGUAAAGCUUCAAUAUAUGGAAAGUUACCUGGUUGGGACCUGCGUUCUAUCAUUGUGAAGAGCGGUGACGACUGUAGGCAAGAACAUCUCGCUGUGCAACUCAUUUCUCACUUUUAUGAUAUAUUCCAGGAAGCCGGUCUACCCCUCUGGUUACGUCCUUAUGAAGUCUUGGUUACAUCUUCUUAUACUGCCCUUAUAGAAACAAUUCCAGAUACGGCUUCUAUUCAUUCUAUCAAAAGUAGAUAUCCCAACAUAACGAGCCUACGUGAUUUCUUUGUUGCAAAGUAUAAAGAAAACUCUCCAAGUUUUAAGCUCGCCCAGAGGAAUUUCGUUGAAAGUAUGGCCGGAUAUUCUUUGGUCUGUUACCUUCUGCAGGUAAAAGAUCGUCAUAAUGGAAAUCUUCUCUUGGAUGAAGAGGGUCACAUUAUACACAUUGAUUUCGGUUUUAUGCUUUCGAAUUCUCCUGGUGGCGUAAACUUUGAGAGUGCCCCGUUUAAGUUAACCCGUGAACUUCUUGAGGUCAUGGACUCUGAUGCUGAUGGGGUUCCAAGUGAGUUCUUUGACUAUUUCAAGGUGCUAUGCAUUCAAGGAUUCCUUACAUGUAGAAAGCAUGCGGAAAGGAUUAUUCUCUUAGUUGAAAUGUUACAGGAUUCGGGUUUCCCUUGCUUCAAAGGUGGUCCACGAACCAUUCAAAACCUAAGAAAACGAUUUCAUCUAAGUUUAACUGAGGAGCAAUGUGUCUCUUUGGUCCUCUCUCUCAUCAGCAGUAGCUUAGAUGCUUGGCGGACACGACAAUAUGAUUACUACCAACGGGUCUUAAAUGGAAUAUUGUGAUGUUCCAAAGAACCAACCUAAAAAGGGUAAAAAACUCACAACAUACAUUGGUAUGUUGGGUUAGCUCAUAAAACAAUACGUUUUUGAGGAACCCUUUUCAUAGUAGCAAUCAGAAUCCUUCCCAAGGCAGGAGAAGAUGCCUGGAGAGAUCGUGUGUGCAAGCAUGGGAGAAGAAACCGGUCACACGUGCGACUCAUAUCAUACGUGGAGGAGAAAACUACAAUUUGUGUACAGAAUAUGAUUUUUGCAGAGGUUUGAUUGUUAUCUUACUUACUUGCUCUACUAGUACUUGUAGGAGAAAAGAAGGCAAAAGCCUGAAAUUUUCUUCCUCCCAAAAGCUCAAAACAAAGCCCUUUUACAGAGGUUAAAAAGGGCAAUGUUUUGUUUUUACUUUGUUUCUCGUCAAAACUCAUGAUGUGAUAUUGUUGUAUAAAUUGUGUAUUAUCUUUUUUUUUCGGGUUUGAAAUUAGAGUAUGAGCAAGGAAAAACGAAACAGAUCAUACUUCAUAUUUCAUGAA